AUGCCAGGAAUAUACAAAAGGCCUCCCCGGAGGCCCGAGUUUGCUGCAGAUCUGAAAUGCGCUUUGGAAGCUGCUGAGGCGCUUUUGGCGGAGGGGGACAUGCGGGGCGUUGAGGUGUACGUACACUCCGUGGCGGACGCAGUGGCGGCGGAGCGGCUGGAGGCGCGGGCGGAGGCGGCGCGGGAGUGGGCGGGGGAAGUGGAAGAAAAAGGAAAUAAAGAAGAAAAAGAAAGUAAAAAAGAAAAAGAAAAAGAAUUAAAUGCAAAGAAUAACCCAAUUCAAAGGUUUAAGUUCCAACAAGAACUCGCGCGCAAAGAAAGCCAAGUCGCCGAGGCCUUCUUCGAUUGCGGUGUACAUACACUCUACUGCCGCAUCCUGCAGCAGCCCCGCGGGGUCAGCGCCGGCGCCAUCGAGCGCAUUUUGAAUGUGUACGAACAGCUCGCGCUGGUGUCACUGGACCCCUUCGACGACGACAUGGGAGUUGUUUCUCUUUUGAUUUAUUUUUUCUCCAAGCUGCAGCAGCAAUUGCCACUUUUGGUUUGGGACCUUCUUUGGCUCGCCGCGCACUUUCGAGUUCUUUCUGUUGGGCUGCGGGGGCCUUUGCAUGCGGCGGCGAAAGGUGGGCUUUCUGGGGUGUACGUACACCCGAGGUGCCCCUGCAGCAACUGCGAAUUCCAAAGAAGACUCCUCAAGCUCGCGAGACGCAGAGACGAACUUGGAGUCGUUUCGGCAUCCGAGGCGAAGCGCCAAAUUUGCUGUUCUUUAGUUCGAGGGGGACUUGUGGAUUAUUUGAUUUGCAGUUUGUCACUUUUGAAGCAAAUCGGGGCUGGACGCAGCCGCCAACAACAACGCCAACUCUUCUCCGCCACUUUCGAAAACAUUUCUUUUCUUUUGUUCUUUUCCUCUUGGGCUUUCGAAGAAGUCCAUCAGGGAAGAAGCAUUUUGACGGCGCAGGGGAUGCAGCUAGCUCACUUGCUGGUGGAUUUGCUGUCUGCGGUUUUUGUCUCUGCCGAUAUUUCGACUUUUGGCGACGAGCAGCUUUCGAGUUUGCUGCGGGUGUUUUUGUUUUUGAUUUUAAAAUCCAAAAUUCAUUUUAAACCCAACAAAGUAAACAAAAAUGAAAUAAAUGAAAAAAAAGAAAUCGCCAACGUCGCCCGACAAAUGCUCACCCAAAUCGCCACCUGUCUGUACACCCGACUCGACGAAGCCGACCCCCUCACCAGCAGCAGCAGCAGCAGCAGCAGCAUCAGCAGCAGCAGCAGCAACAGCAGCAACAGCAACAGCAACAGCAGCAGCAGCGAAAAACGAGACUGCCAAAAUGACGCAGAGGCAGCGGACCAGCAAAAUGCGGUUCCCCCAGCUGCUGCUGCUGCUGCUGCUGCUGCUGUUGAGACCGCCGCCUUCGACGAGACAGAAAGAGCUUUAAAUGAGGCGCUGCUGCUGCUGGCGCUGGCUGAGGUGCUGCUGGACCCCGAAACCACGGAGUCUGCUGCUGCAGCUCCUCCUGCUGCUGCUGCUGCUGCUGAUGAUGAUGACGAUGGGCACGGUGCUGCUGCUGCUGCUGCGGGGGCGGCUGCCAGCAGCGCCGCCGCUGCUGCAGACGCUGCGACUGGAGCAGCACCAGCAGCAGCACCAGCAGCAGCGGGAGUCCCGGGAGAAUCAGCAGCGGCAGAGGCACCAGCAGCAGAUGCCGCAGCAGCAGCAGCAGCUGCUGCUGCUGCUGCAGUGCCGAACUUGCCGUUGGUGCGGCUGCUGGUUUCAGGUGUACAUACACUUGUACAAACAUUUGAUUAUCUCCACCCGCGUUUUGCAAAUCUAAAAAAUCCCCCCAAGGCCUCAGCAGCAGCAGGGGGGGCCCCGGGGGCCCCCCCAGGGGCCCCCCGGGGGACCCCCCAGGGGCCCCCCGAGGGGCCCCCCGGGGGGCUCCCCGGGGGGCCCCCCGAAGAGGCCAGUGGUCCUUCUGGGUUCCGUCCCACAGCCUUCUUCUUGGGGACCAUUGGUCUAAUGGCUGUGCUGCUGGGGGCCCUGGAAGUGCAGGGGGUGGAGCUGCUGCGGUGGCGCUUCAAAGCCAACUUUGCUGCUGCAGCAGCACCAGCAAAGGCUGGGGCUUUUGCUGCUGCAGCACGAGGGCUGCUGGGCCAUUACCAGCAGAUGCAGCAAGAGCGCUGCCAAAUAAUCAAGAAGCUGGCGAACCUGACAAUCUUGAGGUCUGAGCAGGCGGCUGCGGUGAUGGUGCGAAAGGGGGAAUAA